UCUAGUUUUGUUGGACGUGUCACGUCAGCCGGUCGACUGACGUUUAAUGGUGUAAAGCGAUUCUGUUUUAUGGGAUUUUUCGUGAAUAUCUCUGAAAUAUACAAGAGAUAUGCUAACAAAGUUCGAAACUAAGUCGGCGAGGGUGAAAGGUAUAUCCUUUCAUGCGAAGCGGCCAUGGGUUUUGGCGAGUUUACACAAUGGCGUGAUUCAGCUGUGGGAUUAUCGUAUGUGUACGUUGCUGGAGAAAUUUGAUGAACAUGACGGUCCUGUGCGUGGCAUUUGCUUCCACAUCCAGCAGCCGCUCUUCGUGUCCGGUGGUGACGAUUAUAAGAUCAAGGUAUGGAACUAUAAGCAGAGGCGGUGCCUGUUCACUCUGCUUGGUCACUUGGACUACAUCCGCACAACCUUCUUCCACCAUGAAUACCCCUGGAUACUGAGUGCUUCUGAUGAUCAGACCAUAAGAAUAUGGAACUGGCAAUCCCGACAAUGCAUCAGUGUGCUAACUGGACACAACCACUAUGUAAUGUGCGCACAAUUCCACCCGACUGAGGACCUUCUUGUAUCCGCCUCUUUGGACCAAUCGGUUCGAGUGUGGGACUUCUCAGGUCUGAGGAAAAAAAGUGUGGCUCCCGGUCCUACAGGCUUGGCUGAGCAUUUGAGAAACCCGCAGACAACGGACCUGUUUGGACAGCAACUGAUUUUACAGGCUGACGCUGUGGUCAAGCAUGUGCUUGAGGGCCACGACCGAGGAGUGAACUGGGCAGCGUUCCACCCGAGCCUGCCCCUCAUUGUGUCGGCUGCGGAUGACAGACAAGUCAAACUGUGGAGGAUGAAUGACGCUAAGGCGUGGGAAGUAGACACAUGCCGCGGCCACUACAACAACGUGUCCUGCGUUCUGUUCCACGCGCGCCACGAGCUCAUCCUCUCCAACAGCGAGGACAAGUUCAUUCGCGUCUGGGACAUGACUAAGAGGACCUGCUUGCACUCCUUUAGGAGGGAACAUGAGAGAUACUGGGUGCUCGCCUCUCACCCGACUUUGAACCUGUUCGCUGCAGGCCACGACGCGGGAAUGAUAUUAUUCAAACUGCAAAGAGAGAGACCUGCUUACGCUGUGCAUAACAACAUACUCUUCUAUAUUAAGGAUAGGCAACUUCGCAAGUUGGACAUGGCAACCAAUCGCGACGCUCCUGUUAUGCAAAUCAAGGGAGGCGGCAGAAACCAACCAUAUAGCAUGUCACUAAACCACGCGGAAUGGUGCGUGCUAGUGAACUGGCGUAUAGGCGACAACAGCACGUACGAGCUGUACGCGGCGCCACGCGACGGCGCCGACUCCCCGCCCAGCGAGCCGGCGCGAGGCCAGGCCACCACCGCCGUGUGGGUCGCCAGGAACCGGUUCGCGGCGCUAGAGAAGAACAACCAGGUAUGUAUGAUGAUGAUGAUGAUGAUGACCAGCGAGCCGGCGCGAGGCCAGGCCACCACCGCCGUGUGGGUCGCCAGGAACCGGUUCGCGGCGCUAGAGAAGAACAACCAGGUAUGUAUGAUGAUGAUGAUGAUGAUGACCAGCGAGCCGGCGCGAGGCCAGGCCACCACCGCCGUGUGGGUCGCCAGGAACCGGUUCGCGGCGCUAGAGAAGAACAACCAGGUAUGUAUGAUGAUGAUGAUGAUGAUGACCAGCGAGCCGGCGCGAGGCCAGGCCACCACCGCCGUGUGGGUCGCCAGGAACCGGUUCGCGGCGCUAGAGAAGAACAACCAGGUAUGUAUGAUGAUGAUGAUGAUGAUGACCAGCGAGCCGGCGCGAGGCCAGGCCACCACCGCCGUGUGGGUCGCCAGGAACCGGUUCGCGGCGCUAGAGAAGAACAACCAGGUAUGUAUGAUGAUGAUGAUGAUGAUGACCAGCGAGCCGGCGCGAGGCCAGGCCACCACCGCCGUGUGGGUCGCCAGGAACCGGUUCGCGGCGCUAGAGAAGAACAACCAGGUAUGUAUGAUGAUGAUGAUGAUGAUGACCAGCGAGCCGGCGCGAGGCCAGGCCACCACCGCCGUGUGGGUCGCCAGGAACCGGUUCGCGGCGCUAGAGAAGAACAACCAGGUAUGUAUGAUGAUGAUGAUGAUGAUGACCAGCGAGCCGGCGCGAGGCCAGGCCACCACCGCCGUGUGGGUCGCCAGGAACCGGUUCGCGGCGCUAGAGAAGAACAACCAGGUAUGUAUGAUGAUGAUGAUGAUGAUGACCAGCGAGCCGGCGCGAGGCCAGGCCACCACCGCCGUGUGGGUCGCCAGGAACCGGUUCGCGGCGCUAGAGAAGAACAACCAGGUAUGUAUGAUGAUGAUGAUGAUGAUGACCAGCGAGCCGGCGCGAGGCCAGGCCACCACCGCCGUGUGGGUCGCCAGGAACCGGUUCGCGGCGCUAGAGAAGAACAACCAGGUAUGUAUGAUGAUGAUGAUGAUGAUGACCAGCGAGCCGGCGCGAGGCCAGGCCACCACCGCCGUGUGGGUCGCCAGGAACCGGUUCGCGGCGCUAGAGAAGAACAACCAGCUGGUUAUCAAGAACCUAAAGAAUGAAGUCUCCAAGAAGAUCUCGACCCCCACCUGCGAGGAGAUCAUGUACGCCGGCACUGGUAUGCUGCUGCUGAGAGAACCUGAUGCUGUUCAGCUCUUGGAUGUGCAGCAAAAGAGGACUAUUGCUUCUGUAAAAAUCGCAAAAUGCCGCUACGCAAUCUGGAACGCCGACAUGUCCCUAGUAGCCCUCCUAGGCAAGCACAGCGUGACGAUCUGCACCAAGAAGUUGGAACAGCUGUGCACAGUCACCGAGGGAGCCAGGGUCAAGUCUGGAGCCUUCGAUGACAGCACCCCGCAGCCAGUGUUCAUAUACACCACCGCUAACCAUAUCAAGUACUGCUGUAAGGACGGUGACUACGGCAUCAUCCGCACAUUAGACGUUCCCGUGUACGCAGUGAAGGUGUUGGCGAGCGAGGCGGGCGCCCGGGUGCUGUGCCUCGACAGAGAGUGUCGCCCCAAAGUGCUGAACAUCGACCCUACUGAGUACAGGUUCAAGCUAGCGUUGGUGACCCGUCAAUAUGACCAAGUGUUGCACAUGGUGCGAACUGCCAAGCUCGUGGGACAGAGCAUCAUCGCUUACUUGCAGGAGAAAGGUUACCCGGAAGUAGCGCUACACUUCGUAAAGGACGCUCGCACCCGCCUCUCUCUAGCGCUGCAGUGCGGCAACAUUGACGUGGCGCUAGAGGCCGCCAAGAGUUUAGACGAGCCCGCCGCCUGGGACAAGCUCGCUCAAGCUGCACUCGCUAGUGGGAAUCAUCAGAUAGUAGAAAUGUGCUACCAACGCACGAAGAACUUCGACAAGCUAUCCUUCCUGUACCUGAUAACUGGCAACCUUGAGAAGCUGCGCAAGAUGAUGAAGAUAGCUGAGAUACGCAAGGACGUGUCCGCGCAGUUCCAGGGAGCCUUGUUACUUGGUGACACUAGGGAGACUAUACGUCUGCUGAAGAAUGCUGGACAGCUAUCCCUCGCCUACCUAACAGCAAUAAACCACAAACAGACCGAGGAAGCUGAAAACCUAAAGGCUAUGUUAGAAGCUGCCAACUUGCCUAUCCCGGAACCGAACCCCGAUGCACAACUAUUGAGACCACCACUACCGGUGCAUAAUGCUCAGCCUAACUGGCCUUUGUUGGCUGUUUCGAAGAGUUUCUUCGAGGUAGCUGGCGGUGCUCGCGCGGGUGCUGCUGCGAGCGGCGUGGCGGCCGUCGUGGCGGACGAGCCGCUCGAGGCCGCCGGCGCCUGGGGAGACGACGAGGACGUGCUGGACGAGAACAAGGUUGAGGGUGAAGAAGGUGAAGAGAUAAUGGAGGACGCGUGUGAUGACGGCGGCUGGGAUGUCGGGGAUGAAGACCUGGACCUGCCUGAGGAGUUAGUGCCUGUUUCUGCUGACAUAGACGGUGGUGCCGAGGGUACGGAGUACUUCGUGGCACCGACUCGCGGCACCAGCGCGGCGCAGGCGGCCGGCAAGCUACGCACCGCACACGACCACAUCGCCACUGGACAGUUCGAGAUAGCUCUCAGAUUGUUGAACGAGCAAGUGGGCAUCGUAAACUUCGAGCCGUACUUAGAAACAUUCGUGUCGAUGUUCGGUCGCGCUCGGCUGACGUUCGGCGCCCUGGCGUCGCUGCCGCCGCUGUCCGCACACCUGCACCGCAACUGGAAGGAGGCCAGCGGCAAGGACUUGCUGCCCGUAGUCACGACCAAACUGAACGACCUCGUAACGCAACUACAACAAUGCUACCAGCUAACUACAGCGGGCAAGUUCACUGAAGCCGUAGAGCGUCUUCAGCGCAUCGCCAUGUCGGUGCCGCUGCUGCAGCUCGACACCAAGCCCGAGCUGACGGAGGCGCAGCAGCUCCUCAACAUCGCCAGGGAGUACCUGCUGGGGCUGCAGAUGGAGACUGCCAGGAAAGCAAUGCCGAAAAACACACUUGAAGAGCAAAAACGCACGUGCGAAAUGGCAGCCUACUUCACCCACUGCAAACUGCAACCAGUCCACCAGAUCCUGACUCUAAGAACAGCUCUCAACAUGUUCUUCAAGCUCAAGAACUACAGAACUGCAGCUUCAUUCGCUAGGAGACUCCUCGAAUUAGGCCCGAGGCCAGAAGUAGCUCAACAAGCGAGAAAGAUCCUUCAAGCUUGCGAGAAAUCACUUACAGAUGAACACCAGCUUCUAUAUGAUGAGCAUAAUCCCUUCAAUAUCUGUGGUAUCAGCUAUAAACCUAUAUACAGAGGAAAGCCAGAAGAGAAGUGUUCUCUCUGUGGAGCAAGCUUCUUGCCCGAACACAAAGGAAAACUCUGCCCGGUCUGUGGUGUAGCAGAAAUCGGCAAAGAUGUCAUCGGACUAAGAAUCUGCCCCCUACAGUUCCAGAGAUAAAAAUGUUCUUUAUUUAUAAAUUAUUAUACAAUUAUAUAGAAAUUACUGUAAGAUUAUAGAAUAAAAGUAUUGUAUCACGUUUUUUUGUAAUAAUUUAUUUCGAAUAACAGCUGAUUACAAGAGACUUAAAACUAGAAACUUUUUAUUGUCUAUGAUUGGAGAUUCUAUACGUCUACUGGUUUGUCCUCCUUAGUUCUGAAAAAUAAAAAUGAAUUGAUAAUGUGUUAUUCAAAAGAUGUACAUAUAAACUAUAAAUACGUAUAUUCUGUACUAUAAGCGAGAGAAACAAUAAAUUCUUGUCAAGCUUUAAA